UCUCUCUCUCUCUCUCUCUCUCUCUCUCUCUCUCUCUCUCUCUCUUUUAUCUUUCUCUGCAUAUCAUAAGCUUUUCAAUUUAUUCAUCUACGAAACGAUUUGCUUUUGGGAUUUGGAGAAGUUUCAUAAUGGAAGAUGUUCAGAUCGAUGCUACUGUUCCGGUGGAUCCAAAUGUCACGUCACUUUGUUCACCGAAGAUUCCUAAUUUCGAAUUUAUUAGUGAUGAAACAGAGAAAUUAGAGAUCGGAGAUACUUCCAUUGAUGACUGUGAUGAUUCUUUGGGCGAUUCCAUGGUGUGUGAUCCGAAUUCAAGAUUGGUUCCCACUGGCUUCACAAGACCUAAUCACACAGAUGAGACAAUUAUGUUCAUAAAUGCUGGAGGAGAUGAUUCAAAGGUAUUAGAUUCUGAAUUGAAUAUCCUCAGAGACACCUAUUUCGAAGGAGGGGAUGUGCUUAGAACAGAAGAGUCUAUAGUUGAAGCUGGAGACUUUCCGUUCAUUUAUCAGUCAGCACGUGUUGGGAACUUUUGUUACCGGUUAAACAAUCUUCUUCCUGGAGAGUACUUGAUCGAUUUCCAUUUCGCGGAGAUUAUUAAUACCAAUGGACCUAAAGGGAUAAGGGUUUUCAAUGUCUAUGUUCAGGAUGAGAAGGUGUUAGCUGAGUUUGAUAUAUUCUCUGUUGUUGGCGCAAAUAGGCCACUCCUGUUGGUUGACUUAAGGGUCAUGGUAAUGGAUGAUGGAUUGAUUAGGGUAAGGUUUGAAGGAAUAAAUGGAAGUCCAGUGGUUUGUGGGAUUUUUCUGAGGAAAGCGCCACAGGUUUCAGUUCCAAGGACAUCACAAGAUUAUAUUAAGUGUGAGAAUUGUGCUACCGAAAUAGAGAUUUCUCCUACUCGGAAAAGACUUAUGCGAGCCAAAGCUCAUGACAAGUAUGAGAAGAAGAUAGCAGAGCUUUCUGAACGAUACGAACAUAAGACAAAUGAAUGCCACGAAGCAUGGAUGUCAUUGACCUCUGCCAAUGAGCAACUAGAGAAAGUGAUGAUGGAACUCGACAAUAAGAUGUACCAGGCACGCUCUCUAGACCAAACUGUGGUAACACAAGCUGAUUGUUUGAAGAGUAUCACUAGCAAGUAUGAGAAUGACAAGAGACAUUGGGCCACAGCACUUGAUACUCUGCAGGAGAAAAUAGAGAUAAUGAAAAGGGAACAAUCUCAGCUAUCACAAGAAGCACAUGAAUGCGUGGAAGGGAUCCCCGAAUUGUAUAAAAUGGUUGAUGGAGUUCAGGCACUAGUUUCACAGUGCGAAGAUCUCAAGCAGAAGUACAGUGAAGAGCAAGCAAAGCGAAAGGAGCUGUACAACCAUAUACAAGAGACUAAAGGCAAUAUUAGGGUCUUUUGUCGCUGCCGCCCUUUGAAUAAGGAGGAGACAUCAACUAAGUCUGCCACAAUUGUUGACUUUGAUGGAGCAAAAGAUGGAGAGCUUGGUGUUAUUACAGGAAAUAAUUCCAAGAAAAGUUUCAAGUUUGACAGAGUUUAUACACCGAAAGAUGGUCAAGUUGAUGUUUUUGCCGAUGCUUCUCCUAUGGUUGUUUCAGUCCUAGACGGCUACAAUGUUUGUAUUUUUGCCUACGGACAAACAGGAACAGGAAAGACGUUUACAAUGGAAGGUACUCCACAGAACAGGGGUGUUAACUAUAGAACCGUCGAGCAAUUGUUUGAAGUUGCUAGAGAAAGGAGAGAGACAAUUUCAUAUAACAUAUCGGUUAGUGUCCUUGAGGUCUACAAUGAACAGAUAAGAGACUUGUUGGCAACAUCACCAGGGUCAAAGAAGUUGGAGAUAAAACAAUCCUCUGAUGGCUCUCAUCACGUUCCUGGAUUAGUAGAAGCAAAAGUGGAUAAUAUAAAUGAAGUCUGGAAUGUGCUUCAGACUGGGAGCAAUGCAAGAUCAGUUGGAUCAAAUAAUGUGAACGAGCAUAGCAGCCGCUCUCACUGCAUGCUCUCUAUAAUGGUAAAAGCAAAGAACCUAAUGAAUGGUGAUUGCACAAAAAGCAAGCUUUGGCUUGUAGAUUUAGCUGGAAGUGAGAGAUUGGCAAAGACAGAUGUGCAAGGUGAGCGUCUGAAGGAAGCUCAGAACAUCAAUAGGUCACUUUCAGCUCUCGGGGAUGUAAUAUAUGCAUUGGCUACAAAGAGUAGUCAUAUUCCAUACAGGAACUCAAAAUUAACACAUUUGCUUCAAGAUUCACUGGGAGGUGACUCAAAGACUCUGAUGUUUGUGCAAAUCAGUCCCUCUGAGCAUGAUGUAAGUGAGACUCUAAGUUCACUUAACUUUGCAACUCGUGUAAGAGGGGUUGAAUUGGGUCCUGCGAGGAAGCAAGUUGAUACCGGUGAGAUCCAGAAGUUGAAAGCAAUGGUGGAGAAAGCAAGGCAUGAAAGCCGAUCUAAAGAUGAAUCCAUAAAGAAACUGGAGGAGAACAUACAGAACCUGGAAGGUAAGAACAAAGGCAGAGACCACUCAUACAGAAGUCUCCAGGAAAAGAACAAAGAACUCGAAAGCCAACUUGAUUCACUCCAUAACCAAUCAGAAAAACAAAACGCACAGCUCCAAGAAAGACUAAAGAGCAGAGAUGAGAUUUGUAGCAAUCUCCAACAUAAGGUCAAGGAGCUAGAGUGCAAGCUACGGGAGAGACACCAAUCAGAUUCUGCAGCUUACCACCAGAAGGUUAAGGAUCUUGAGAAUAACUUGAAAGAAUCUGAAGGAAACUCCCUUGUGUGGCAACAGAAGGUUAAGGAUUAUGAGAAUAAGUUGAAAGAGUCUGAAGGCAACUCUCUUGUGUGGCAACAGAAGAUUAAAGAGUUGGAGACAAAACACAAAGACGAGCAAAGCCAAGAAGCAGUGAUACUACGACAGAAGAUUAAAGAACUUGAGAUGAGGCUAAAGGAGCAAGAGAAGCAUAUACAACAAAUGGCAACAACUAGAGAAUUUCCCGAUGUUGCGAAUGCUACUCCUAACGAAGUGAAAACUUGCUUCAAAGAAGAUAACUUUGGCAAUGAGAAUAUGGAAUCCAACAACAACAUCCUGAGAACAUCAAACCGUCUCAAGACUAAAAGACACGAUUCACUAAAUCUCAAUGAGAUGACUAGAAAGAAGAGAGCCUCGAGAAGCGGCGAAACAGAGAACAAUGGUGAUGAUCCUCAAAUGAAGGAGAAAAGGAUCAGGAAAUCAGACCCACCAAAAGUUAUCUCCAGAGUAGUCAGACCAACAAGACCAGCUUCUGGUUCAUCAAGCCAAGUCCCUGUGGCUCAUAAGAGAGUUAUUAAAAGAGAACAACAAGAAGUUCUGGUCGGGAAAGAGAGAGACUCCAAGAAGAAGAUUUGGUCAAGAUAAAUAAUAUCACUCAAUAGCAUAGAGAAACUCUUAAUCUCUUGUGUUUCUCUAUAUGAUUUUCUCUGUAUGAAAUUGAAUAUUAAUACUUUCAUACACUUUUCAAAGCCAUGAUCACAUUGUUAUUUCAAUCUUCAUAUAUAAACAUUAA